AUGGAACGCAUUUUACAUCUGACUCAAGAACAACAGAGGAUCGUAAACUUGGCAAAACAAGGGCACAAUAUUUGUAUUUUUGGAAGAGCCGGUGUUGGAAAAUCUACAACUGUCCUGGCAAUAAAGGAAGCACUUGCAGCCAAAGGUGAAAAAGUCCAGAUAAUUUGCUCGACUGGCAUAGCCUGCGAGAGCUAUGGAGGAAUAGCGAAGACUGUUCAUUCGCAGUAUGGACUAAGGGUUGCUGAACUACCUUCUCAAUUACUGAUCGAACGUUCUUUGGGGCAGAAUGUUACGGUAAAGCAAGUUGCUGACACAACGGUAUUAAUUUGGGAUGAAGUAUCCAUGUCAAGUACCCGAAUUUUGGAACUUGUUAACAAAAUACAUCACAUGGUAGCCCAAAACAGUUUUGCAUUUGGGGGAAUUCAAGUAAUUCUUGUUGGAGACUUCUGGCAGCUGAAACCGAUACCUAGUCCCUUCGACGAAGGAAAGUCCAUCUAUUUGUCAGAGCUUUUUGAUAAAGUAUUUCAACAUCGGAUUGAGCUGACCAAAGUUUUACGACAGGGAGAAUCAGAGAGCCGUUUGAAGAAUUUACUGGAUUUAUUGCGAAAUGGUGAGUGCAGUGAGGAAGCAGAAGAAUACGUGCACAGCCUUGAGCGAGAAUGCAUUCAAGAGGAAGCUGGAACAAUCCCCAUACCCAUACAUAUAUAUUUUAAAAAACUUCACGUGGAAAUUCAUAAUGGAAAUGUGCUGGCAACUCUACCUGGUCUAUUGGACACGGUAGAGAGUAUCGACCAUGAAAACACACACUGCUUAGAGAAAACGGUGCCUCAAACAGUAUCAUUAAAACCUGGAUGUAACAUUAUGCUUAUUUACAAUAUCAACGAUCAGUUGAAAAAUGGCUACCAGGGAAGCUAUAUUGGAAAAGAUCCGACUGAUGACAAUGUACUGCUCGUACACUUUGCGAAAGUCGGCACCAUACCAAUAACUCGUAGAACAUGGUACAACUAUGAUGUUGAUAGAAGAGUCCAAGGCUCCCGUACUCAAUUUUCAAUAACAUUAUGCUACGCAAUAACCGUCCAUAAAUCGCAAAGUUUAACAUUGCAUUCUAUUGUCGUCCAUUGCGCGCAAGAAUUUGUACCUGGCCAGACAUACGUAGCCAUAUCCAGAGUUCGAUCAGAAGAUAAUCUUCAAAUACUUGGGUUUCAACGAAAGUUUUUACUACCACCACCAGUUGAGUUAUCAAGCAUGGUAACAUUUUGCGUAGAUCCCGAUGAAACACUUUCAUGUUGUAGAAACCAUCCUUUGGACGAUAGCUUCUUUGAAGAUAAUAUAUGUACCUCAACCGUUCAAUCCAUGGCUGAAACAGAUAAAGUUUUUGAUGACGACGAAAACCUCGAUCUCGAUGCUGCUCUACAAAGUCAAAGUUUUUGUCAAUCAGACGAAGCAAUUACGGUUAAACUUGAGAACACUUUGUUGUGUUUACUACCACCCUCGCACAUAGCAGCUCCGCCUUCGACGUUUAGCAUGGAAUCGUUCCUAAAAUCAGCCACCACCGACUUGGACGACCCCUUCAGUCAAUCAAUAAAUUCCGCGACGAGAUAUGCAACCGACCAUCUACAAGCAUUCCAGCUUUUGGCAAACAUAACAUGGGUUCGAAUAGCAAUUUUGUUUCAAAAUCACACAUCAAUAGCCAACAAAGAGUUUACAUUUGCUACAACUCAAGUCCAUAAGAUGUUCUCGUCGAACGAAUAUCAAAGUGAUCUAUUAACAGCUUUCCAGCUCAGAAAAUGGACGGACAUUGACGAUGGCAAAAGAACUCUCGGUGUUCAGCUAACGUUUCACCUCUACCAGCUGUUUAUUACCGAAGUUGAGAGAACCCUAAAGCAUGAAGAUGUGCCGACAACAGAGUUUAACGUAAGGGAAAUGGGAGUGAAUGGUCUCGGCAAAUUACGUUAUGUGGGCGGAUGGGCAAUCCAUAAGUCUCUGGCUAAUUCUAGGAGAUACCUUAUGGCAAACAAGAAAUCACAAGCUUCCAACGUUCGCGAGAAAUUGAACAACGAAUUGAGAAAGAUCGACCUACUCGACAGCAACAUUAUUAUCCCAUACGUUGUCCUGGAAAAAACAACAUCAGAUGCUAAUACUCUCAAUAUUACCGAGUCUCGACAAUACCGAGAAAGAGGAUUGCUACACAUAACAGAUGAGGCAUUUCAAUUCUUCUUGACAUUGGAACAAGAACGAGUAAAUCUAAUCAGUUUGGAAAGAUUGUCGUUGUUGAAAGAUCAAGUGGUUGAUCGAUCUAUCAAGAGCGUUCUGGGAAACAAAAGUAUCCAAAAUGAAUUUGUUGCUUUGUUUGAUCUGAAACUGGAUGGGGACAAG